AUGGACAGUCGCAGCAGCCGGCCCGGGUCCCAGGACGGCCGGUUCGGCGCGGCGGUCAGAGCGGGCCAAAGGCGGAGUCUGGGCGCGCAGGAGCAGGACAGCCGGUACGUGGGCCAAUUGCAGGGACCCUCUUCUACCACCGCCCCCAUGCUCGGCCCUAUGACCGUGAUGGGGCAGACCUGCCUCCUCCACGACCGCAGAGGCAGUGUGAAGCUAGUGCACAAGGAUGAAAGUAUGGACCCCUCAUGGAGCAUGGAGGUAGACAGCAGGUUCUUAGGAAACACUCAGAACCAGCUCCAUGAUAGCUCCACAACCACACCGAUACAACGAGCCCUGCAUUCACUCGUCAUCCCACUGGAGAGGCUGCAUGUUAUGAAGGGCCACAUGAUGCAGGACAUGUGCAAGGGGCUGAGCCGCCAGUCACACGCACAGGCCAAAGUGCGGAUGCUGCCCACCUACAUCUGCUCCACUCCCAAUGGCACUGAGAAGGGCAACUUUCUGGUGGUGGAGCUGUGCCAGAACCAGGUUCGGACCCUGCUGGUGACCCUCUACGGAGAUGGAAACAUGAGCCCCCAAAUGAUGUACAAGAUCUUUGACAUGCCAGAGGGCAUCAUGCAGGGCGAGGGGGAAGCGCUCUUUGACUUCAUUGCACAAUGCGUGUCCCAUUUUCUGGCCGAGACCAUCAGCUCUGACACCAACAGCUCUGACACCAACGGCUCUGAGCUGUACCUCCCCUUGGGAUUUGUGUUUCCCUUCAGCUGCCGGCAGACACAGCUGGACAAGGCAGAACUCCUUUUCUGGUCCAAGGGCUUCAGCUGCAGUGGCGUGGUGGGGAAGGACGUGGUGCAGCUGCUGCAGGCAGCCAUUGAUAAGCAGAUGAACCAGAAAAAGCAGGGUGAGGAGGAGGCCAAUGAGACCGGUGGUGCUUGGCUGUCCUCAUGGAGGGGCAGGAAAUCCUCUCAAUCUACUCCUGGACAGCCCUACCGUGUGCAAGUUGUUGCCCUGAUUAAUGACACUGUGGGCACCAUGAUGACCUGCAGCAUAGAGGGGAGAGCCUGUGAGGUCGCCAUAGUUGCAGACAAGGGCUCCAACUGUUGCUUCAUGGCCGAGGCAUACCUGGUGGAAACAGCAAAGGAGACCAGCGGGCGGAUGUGUGUCAACACUGAGUGGGGCUGGUUUGGGGAUGACGGCACCCUGAAUGACAUCUUCACACCCUAUGAUCAAUCUGUGGAUCAGGAAUCUUCCAACCCUGGGGAGAAGAGGUUUGAGAAGAUGGUGGGCACCCUGUACAUAGGGGAGAUUGUCAGGCACGCACUGAUUGCCCUGACUGCUGAGAAAGCUAUCUUCACGGGGACCAAUGCUGCUGUCCUGAAGGAGAAGGGAGUGUUAACAAUGCAGCAUGUUCUGGAGAUCGUCAACAAUGAGGACGGCAUAACUGAAGUUAAGAGGAUUCUGGAGGUUCUGGGGCUGCAGCCAAGUGAGCGGGAUUGCGGCCGGGUGCAGCAGAUCUGCCGGGCAGUGAUGGUGCGUGCUGCCUCACUCCACGCCACUGGGCUGUCUGCCAUUCUCAGCUACAUGUGCCAGACCCGGGAACUGGAUGCGCUCAUGGUCAACGUGGGGGUGGAAGGAGAAUUGUUCACGGGCUACCCCAGGUUUGAGGAGAUCCUGCUGAAUGUGUCAAGGUUACUGUCCCCUGAGUGCAUGGCCAUCCUCGUGCCCUCGAGAGAUGGCUCUGGGCGAGGGGCAGCCAUGGUGACAGCAGUGGCUUUGCGCCUGGCAGCCCAGCGCCGUGCGGUGGACGAGGUGCUGGCCCCGCUACGGCUCAGCCGUGAUGACCUGGAGAAAGUGCAGGCACUGAUGAGGCAGGAGAUGGACCGCGGCCUGUGUAAGGAGACCAAUGCCACUGCCUCUGUCCGCAUGCUGCCCACUUAUGUUUCUCACACACCUGAUGGCACUGAGCAAGGCGACUUCCUGGCACUGGACUUGGGUGGGACCAAUUUCCGUGUGCUGGUGGUUCGUGUGGCAGAGGAGGGCAUCAGCAUGGCCAGCGAGAUCUACGUCAUCCCAGCUGCCAUCAUGCAGGGCACUGGUGAGGAGCUCUUUGACCACAUCCUGGACUGCAUCAUAGACUUCCAGAUGAAGCAGAAGCUGGUGACACACAUGCUGCCUCUCGGCUUCACCUUCUCCUUCCCCUGCAAGCAAGUGGGCCUGGAUAAGGCAUUGCUGCUGACCUGGACCAAAGGCUUCAGCGCCUCAGGCUGCGUGGGAGAGGACAUUGUCCAGCUGCUGCGGGAUGCUGCCCAGCGCAAACGGCACUUAGGGAUGCAGGUGGUGGCUCUGGUCAACGACACAGUGGGAACCAUGAUGGCCUGUGGUUAUGAUGACCCCAGAUGUGAAAUCGGCCUCAUUGUGGGGACAGGGACCAAUGCCUGUUACAUGGAGGAGAUGAGGAACGUGGGCACUGUGGAGGGGGACGAGGGCCGCAUGUGCAUCAACAUGGAGUGGGGGGCCUUUGGGGACAAUGGCUGCCUAGACCAUCUCUUCACCCACUUCGACAAAGUGGUGGACGAAAGCACCAUCAACCCGGGCAAGCAGAGGUUUGAGAAGCUCAUCAGCGGCAUGUACCUGGGAGAGAUCGUGCGUCAGAUCCUGAUGGUAAUGGUAGAGAAACAGCUCUUGUUCCAAGGAAAACCCUGCCCCAAACUCCAGACCAAGGACAUCUUCAAGACCAAGUUCCUCUCUACCAUUGAGCUCAAUGGACUGGCCCUGGGGCAGAUACGGGCCAUUCUGAACGAACUGGAGCUCGAUGCCACCUUCGAGGACAGCGCGCUGAUGCGGGAGGUGUGCCAGACCGUGUCCCUGCGCGCGGCCCAGCUCUGCGCUGCUGGCUUGGCUGCUGUGGUGGAGAAGAUGCGGGAGAGCCGAGGCCUGGACCAACUGUCUGUCACUGUUGGGGUGGAUGGCACCUUGUACAAGCUGCACCCCUGCUUCUCCAGCAACCUCCAGAAGACACUGAAGGACCUGGCACCCAAGUGCAAUGUGACCUUCCUGCUGUCAGAGGAUGGCUCAGGGAAAGGGGCCGCGCUCGUGGCAGCUGUGGCCUCUCGUGCUGCCAAUGCCAUGGAAUAG